UGUAUCUAUGGUCGUUGAAUUAAAAGGUGACGACGUUGUUGAAGAUUUUUAAGUUUUAAAUAAAGUAUUAGAGGCUUUAUUAACAAUUAUAAUAUGGUUAAGUCAAAAGGAGGAAUUCCCGACAGGUGGAAGGACUACUACCCUAUGGGGGAACAAGUGGCUGGGACGAGAUUUAUUGCCUUCAAGGUCCCUCUCAAGGAUGCGCUGUGUCGCGGCCUCGGGCAGCAGGAGCGAUUCACCCCCAGCUUGUUGUUGGAGCACGUGCCUCGCCUGGGGCUCGUCAUUGACCUCACAAACACUUCGCGCUACUACUCCAGCCAGGAAUUGGAGUGUCAAGGAGUGGCUUAUCAAAAACUGGAUUGUCCUGGACACGCUAUACCCCCAAAACGUCUUGUGUGCAGGUUCUAUAACAUCGUGAACGAAUACAUCCAGUAUCAACCAGACCCAGAUUACCUGAUAGGAGUCCAUUGCACUCAUGGUCUCAACAGAACCUCGUUCUUCGUAUGCAGUUAUAUGGUAGAACAAAUGGGAAUGACACCCCAGGAAGCUCUCACAGCAUUUCAGGAGGCUCGCGGAUACAAUGUGGAGCGUGAAAACUACGUUAAAGAAUUGAUGACUUUGAAGCCACUUUCUGCUCCACCUUUGAGAAAUAAAGUGGACACACAUAAAACUCAGCAGCACCAACAGCAGCUGCAGUAUUUGCAAGACUGGAAACGGUCUUCAUCAUACGAGAUUCCGCAGCAGGUCGGUGGUCCUCCGCACCAUCAUGGUUACCAAAGAAAAAGGUAUCCCUUGAAAGGUGCAAGUAAAGGAAGACCACCACAUGUAUCAGCCAGCAACAAACAAAUGCAAAUGUUUGUCAGCCAAACGUAUAAUAACACUGGUAGUGAUAGAAUAAUGGUGGUUAAUGAUUACUCUACUGAACCACAACAAAGCAAGGUAAACAGUGGUGAUGGUGCUCAAGGAGCGAUGACAAGUCGAUCUGGUGAUUAUGGUGAUCGAUCAAUGGCAUCUGUAAACAAGUACAUGGAAUUUGGUAACAAAGCAAAGGUUAUUAACAAUAAAGAUAAUUUUAGUGCUAAAGAGACUACUUACAGUCGAGGUAUUGCUCAAGGGAGGUUUGUAAAUAACGGUUAUCGAGGAAUGUCAGUAAACACAGUGUACAGUAAUAGUGAUUUAAAUAGACAGUUUGUUUCUGAAUACUCUAUGUCACAAAAAGGAUCUAGGUACCAUGCUUUUCCUAAUAGUCCAGAACAAUAUUAACAGCUCCGUAAUCAUUUCAGGUCAUUGAGAUUACCUUCAUGAUAACUUUAUUAGUUUUGACAAUAUUGUUAUUAUUGGUUGUUUACUAUGUUGUUAUUGUUUGUUUUCUGUUUGAUUUUUUAAUAUACUAUGUAACUAUAAAUAUUUAUAAUGAAAAUAAUUCUCAUGUUUAAUACAUAAUAAUUCAUGUUCAAUUUUAAAUGGCAAAGGAGCUUCUUGAACAUGCUUUACUUUGGUUUGAAUGUAAAAUAGCCACUGUGAGUUUAUUUUUACUAUAGAAAAUAAAUCUUUCUACGUAAUUUUAUUUCUGUGAUGUACUACAAGUAGUUUUUAAUAUCACCAUUUUUUUUUCUUAAUUUUCUUCGCUUACAGUCUGGCUAAUGAUUUUUUUUAACACACUGGGAUUAACAAGUGUUUAUAUUACACCACAUUAAUGUUCACAAAGUUAAAAGAUAUGUAAUGUUUAUUUUAUUCACUUUAACACAUCACUUCAAAAAUCGGUAAAACAAAUUUCACAUAAAAUGUCAACAAAUGAAACAGACUGGUAAUAAUCUAUGCAUUUAAAAGGAUCAAACAACAGUAUUUCUUGAUAAUGAUUUUUGUAAAGUGAUUGAACACCAAUUUUUCCCAACAUGUAUAAUUCUCUUCUACCAUUUGGUUUUUCUCCAUAUUUCUUUGUGGUUUAUGGAAAUGUUUAAGAAGUGAUUUUUACUGUACUUCUCUAAUAAAAACUAAAGGAGAUGUUAAUCAAAUUUUAUGGUUUUUUAUUUAAAUGAUUUUUCUGUAAUUUUAUUUUACCCUUUUGUGUGAGUACCCAUACAUGUUUUAAGGUAUAAGGUCUAUGCAAAAUAUGUGGUGUUUUUUUUAUUAUUAUUACCCAAAUGAUUAGUUAAACAGAGCAAUUUAAUUUUUCUGCUUAUUUUAAUUUUUGAUUGAGUGUUUCUUCUAGAACAUUUUAAUUGCCAGGUUAAAGCAAAACUUAUAGUUAGUGUAGUUAUUUAGCCAGAUAUUUCAUUUAAAGUAGUUAUGAACCCUAAGAAUUUUUAUAAUUAUGAGCUUACAAGGCCCCUAAGUUAUAUUUAUCAGAGAAAAACUAAAACAUCAAAUGUGUAAUAACUUUUGAUAAAUUUUUUCAUUGCAUUUUUAGUUUCCUGGUCUUCAGAAAAUUUAUGAUGCCAUAUAAGAAGUGACUUAACCUUUUUGACAUAGUUAAGUAUUAUGAAAAUGCCUAACACAUGAUUAUUUAAUUUUCCUUUUUGUUUCAUCUUAAAAACAUAUGCUGCUUUCUACUAAUGUCCAGUUACUAACACCAUUUACUGUCACAUAAGCAGAAGUUACUACAAAAGACUUCUAUUUUACAAUAAAUUCUGUUUUACAAUAAAUUCUGUUUUACAAUAAAUUCUCAAUUCUGUUGUAGCUGUCUAGGUUUUGGAUGUUGGUAAGGAUUGAACAAUUAUGUUAUUAUUGAGGCUUCGUCAUUAUACAUUCUACUAUUGUACUAUUUUUGUAAAAUGUGACAUGUGCAAACUUGUACACAUAAUAAAACUCUUAAGAGAUCUAGUAAACAAAACUUAAAGCACAUUAAUAUUGUUUUUCUGCUUCAAGCAACAACCAAUAGGUUAUAACCAAAAUAAAAUAUUUGGAAUUGACAAUGCACAUUUAUUUCCAUUAUCAUGUCAAAUUUUUGGCACCAAAUGGUUCUACAUAAACACUGCUUUUUUCUUUGUACUUGGUGGCCAUGAUCACUGAGGCGUGCAUGCCUUAACUCAAUAGACAAGUGGUUCGGAACCCACUUUAAUUACUGUCAUAUCAAUUACAAUGUACAUUUUACACUGCCUGUUCCUGUCAUGAGUCAACAAAAAUUAACUGAUGACAGCAGAUGCGUAGCCAGGAUUUGUGUAUAGGGGGUGUUAAGAAGCAUGGCCUCCCCACCCCCCGUAGUGAAGCUGGGGGUCUGGGGGUCCUCCCCCAGAAAAUUUGGAUUUUAAGGUGUAAAAUAGUGCUAUUUUAGCAGUUUUCGGUACUUAAAUUUAAAUAUUGUAAUGGUAAAAUUUUUAUUAAUUUUAAUAUAAAAUUUGUUUGAGUGAUGAAUAAGAAAUUAAUUAAAGAUUUGGUGCUAAGGGGGGGGGGGGGGUUGGAACCCCUAAAACCCCCCCUGGCUACGUCCCUGGAUGACAGUACAACUUAAGUGGUUUGAUAAAGCUAGUCUGAGGAGUGAUGUCUUGAAUAAACUCUCAUGAAAUGAUUAUGGUAGUGCAGUUGGUGACAUAUACACCGGCAAAAAUAAUUAGGGGAUUAGAUAAGUGUUUUCAGCAGUAGUGUGAGCUACAAGCAGACGGGGAGGCGGCAGAAUAUGUCGCUCCUGCAACGUGCCUUGCAAACAGCACACAGUGUGUCAUCUCAAACUGUCGUCAUGCAGGUGGCCUCUAUGCAUGCAUGCUGUGUUUCCCAUCAACAAGAGAGCCCGUAGAAACUGGGCGGAGGAUCAUGGUGGAGUGGAGAGUUCUUCUGUUCUCCGAUGAGUCGCGAAUCUGAGUGUGGAACCUGAUAAUGGACGGGCUCUCUUCUGGAGGGGAUGUGGAACACAAAACAACCCAGCAAGGAUAUGGUAUUAAUUCCGUAAUCAAUUUUACCAGUUUAUUUGCUGGUCUCUAAUGCAGUGUUGAAAUGCAAUGCAACUUCCUUUAAGUGCACGAAGUGAAACACAGAUGAUUGGUUGACUACCGGGAUGAAUUGCACAGUUUGAAGUCUAAACUGCAUACAGGUGGGAUAAUUAGAUAAAUGACUUUAUUUAUUGUAAUAUCUACAGGUUUUUUUUAGUUUCAGUGUAGUUUUUUUUGGGGGGAUGGGGGCCGCUGCUACUAUAAGCACACAUACUGGUCGAACCUGAGCCAGCUAUAAACUGAGAUGUGUGGACCCAAUCACAUACAACCCAACCCCAGUAAUGAUAAACCUAUGUGCAUAGCACAGUGGACUCUAGCCUAUAGGGAAAAGCAAGACAAUCGUGGCUCAUCAACAGUGCAUUCCAGCCAUGCGGUGAAUGUCACUGCUUACAUUUUCACAAAAUUUUACUAGAUAUAGCAAGAACCACAUUCGCCCCUCUUAGAAAAUUAGACGUCAGUAUUUUAAGCAUGUUCGUCUCAUGUGUACCAUCCACGUAUUGCCAGCCAUAGUAGAUACAAUUUGGGUACACUCACCUUUACAUUCGGUUACUUUUGGGUACAAGAAGUUCUCAGUUCGAGUGUCAUUUAGGUGCAUACACUAAAAUAUAAAAACAAAAUAUAUACACUGUUCUGUUAAAUCUCAUAAUAGCGUGACAACAUAACUUUUUAUAGUUUAAAUGCAGUAUUGGCUCUAUUACUAAGGCCUGUGCAUAGAAUUUUAAAAUGCUUCUGUUUAUUUCGAAAAAAGGGGAAGGGGAGAGAAUGUAAACAUGGAAUACCACUAUUCCAGCUACAUGUGAAAAAUGGUACUUUCAGGUUAAAGGUUGGUGUAAAAUAAUUGUAAAUAUAAAUAGCUACCUAAAUUGGUUUUGUGCUUUAAUACUGAAGCCGAAACAGUUUUCAAUGAGGUAUCCCUGAUCAUGUUGUCGCCACCCUGCUGUUUACUUGUACUAACUUCAACUUGAUCCUGUUCUCCAGAUGUUCUUAGAAAUAUAGCGUGGCCGAGACUGUUUACAAAAAGGCAGGGGUUUUUUGUCAGUGCGUUACGGCCAGGGCAAAGACUUGUGCACCAUAAUGGGUUUUCCAUUCAAAGUGAUGUACAAUAUUUUUGGACUAUUAUUAUUUCUUCCUAAAUGCGGGUACGUUUUGCGUACCCGAGCGGAUUUUCUCGAGUACCGGGGACGUGUGGCAACACUGUCUGGUCUUAGGCAGAGAGAUGAGGAGCACCCCGAGUAAACCAGCGCGCGGGGCUAUGCGGCUCGUUAGCUCGUGAGCGACACGGCUCUCGCGCCCCUUCUUCCCCUUCCCCCUCCCCCUCCCCUCCCAAAUCCUACCACACUUUACUCUUCUCCCUUCCCCCCCGCCCCCUUUCGGGCGGCAAACACGAACAAAACAGCCGGCCGCCCGGGCUCGCUAACAAAUUCAAUUCCUUUUAAGGCGAGCCGAUAAAAAAAGGCGCGCGCGCUCAGAGAUGCCCGGCCGCCAGUUCACACGGCUCAUCAAAAGGAACGGGGACGUAAAAAAAAUAAUAAA